AUUUGUGACACUGUCACACAGAUGUUUUGGGUUUGGAAAAUUGUUGGGGACAGCUGCUUUUUGAGAGUCUCUCUGGGUGCAGCAUGCUGACUUUUCUUUGGAAAUUCACUUUCUCUAAUGUCCUCAUCCUCUCCUGCUGUCAUAAUUAUGUGGACAAUUCGGAUAAACCAGCGAUCGCUAAAUAUUUCAACACCAAAGGGAGGUACGAGGAAGUAAACCCGUAUCUAAUAGAGGACAUACUUGCAGUAAACAGAUCUAUUUUACAGCCUCCAUCUGCAAAUUGUCAAGAAAUUCAUCUGACAGCAAUAAUAAGACACGGCACAAGGUACCCAACAAUCAAAAACGUCAAAGAGAUGCAGCAGCUCUACCACGUUGUCCUACACAAUGCCUCAGGCCAGGAGCGCUGGCUGCGUGACAUCCAGACUCAGUGGACAAUGUGGUACACUGAGGACAUGGACGGCCGACUAGUCCAGAAAGGCGUGAACGAUCUCAAGCAUCUGGCCGUCAGGCUGUCAAAGCUGUUCCCCUCUCUGAUUUCAGAGGAGAAGCUCAGAGGUGGAUUCAUCAAAUUCAUAACCAGCUCCAAGCACAGGUGUGUCAACAGCACACUGUCCUUCAAGGCCGGACUGACAGAGCUGUGGAGUAUUACAGAUAUGGAGUUUGACCAUGUAGUGAAUGACGCGCUCAUGAGGUUUUUUGACCAGUGCACCAGGUUUGUGCAGGAAGUUGAAAACAACCCCUCAGCUCUGUCAGAGGUGGACAAGUUCAAGCAAGGACCAGAGAUGAGGAGGGUCAGAGAGAAGAUCGCAGACCGCCUUAGAGUCCCCUACAAUACCAUCACACAAGAUAUGACUGAGGCUGCAUUUUACCUGUGUGCUUAUGAAUUUGCAAUCAAGGCAGUGAACUCCCCUUGGUGUCAACUCUUCGAUGAGGAUGAUGCAAAGAUUAUGGAGUAUGCAAGUGACCUGACGGAAUUUUGGAAGAGAGGCUAUGGGUAUGAUAUCAACAGCAAGUCCAGCUGUAAUCUCUUCCAUGACGUGUUUAACAGGCUGAACAAAGCAGCCAGCGAGAACAAGUCAGGCCAGCAGGUGACUGAAGCCGUGACAGUCCAGGUCGGCCAUGCUGACACCCUCCUGCCACUCCUCACCCUCCUGGGCUUCUUCAAGGACAGUAAUGCCUUGACUUCCACCAACUACGACACACAGACCCAACGCUCCUUCCGCACCAGCCACAUGUUACCCUACGCAGCUAACUUGGUCCUGGUGCUGUACGACUGUGGGGGAGGUGACCUGAGGCUGCAGCCACUGCUCAACGAGAAGCCUGUGACUUUCCCCGGUUUGACUGACCAACAGGCCUCCAUGCCGCUCUAUCAAGACGUCAAAGAUCACUACAGGGAGCUGCUCCAAGGCUGUGACUUUAAGACUGAGUGUCAGCUGUUCAAGAGUCCUACUUAAGUUUAGGACAACAGGGGAGAUUCUGGAAAAGAGGGCAUUACAGUGGCUUUAUUCUCUUGUAUUUGUGCACCUACCAUAAAUGUGUUAUUGGUUGAAUGAGCAUUUUGAUAGAUGCUCUGCUUUGGAAAUUUUAAAUAUGGAUUUCUUACACUUAAACAUUUUCAAGAGGUACUAACAUGUUUUUGGAAACACAGCUUCAAAUAUCUUGGACUCAUCAUAGACCAUCAACUCAGUUUUGAUCAACACCUCACUGACAUCCAUAAACAAUCCUAGCAUAAAAUCAGUGUCAUACAUACACACAGAGCACUGCCUUUUGCCCCUCGCCUGAUCCAGCCCAUCCUGCUGUAGCGUUCCCUGCUUCUUUACCAUGUUAACCAUCUUCAGCAAAAACUAAGUUAACAGCAUCACACACACUGUCUCUGACAACAUCUGCCUGCCAACUCCCAAUCUCUCAGAUAUGAACUUCACUUAGCACUUAUGACACUGAUCAGCCCCACAAUUAAUAGAUUACUUCUAUUCCAUCUGGCCAGAGAUACAUGACCCUUAGAUAGAGAAGAGCUUGUUUCAACAGGAGGUUUGUCGUCCCCCCCCCCCCCCCCCCCCCCUCAAUAGAAGCCCUGAACAAUCGGCCUCACAGGCACUGUUGAAUGCUGGGAUGAUGAAUGCAUUCAUUGAUAUUUUGUGUACUGACUAUACAUAGGAUUUGUGGCUGUGUACGUAUAUCUAUAUGUUGCUAUGUUGAUAUCUGUAUGUUGCUGUGUGUUGCUAUUUGUACAGUACAGCUGUGAACCAAAUAUCCUUCUGGGACAAUAAAUCUAAAUCUGAAUGUUA